AUGACUGUUCCCCAGAGUUGCUGCAUCCUCGGCUGGAGGACCCACUGCUCCGUGUGGAGGAGGCCGGGUUCUGUGUCUGGGGCCCGGCGGCAGUCUGAGUUGUCAUGUGUCGGAUUUGAGUGGGUGGUGGCGGCUUGUGCUAACAUUAAGAAGACUGUACUCAGCUCAAUGAAGAAGUGCCUCCUCAUCUCCUUUGUCUGUACUUUACCGCUGUGUCUUCUCAAUGGAUGGCCGAGAGGAUUCCUGGCCCCGACAGCCACAAAUCACUCCAUUUUCAGUCACAACAGCAGCAGUAGAAGUGUCACCAUCUUGCUGUGGUACUGGCCCUUCGGCGAGUCAUUUAGCCUGUGGGACGACGUGUGCUGGGACCUCUACCGCAUCCCUCAAUGUAGACUUGUGGAUCAGCGCUCCUUGUUCCCCUCAGCUGAUGUGGUGGUGUUCCACCACAGAGAGCUGGAACAACGUCACCAAACGCUGCCCCUUGACCUUCCAAGGCCGCAGGGCCAGAGGUGGGCCUGGAUGUCCCUGGAAUCCCCUGUUAACAACAGAAAUUUGCGUCCGUAUGCAAAUAUCUUCAACAUGACUAUCUCCUACAGGAGGGAUGCUGAUGUCUCCAUACCUUACGGCGAGCUGUUACCAAAGGAGGCUGAAGGACAUCUGGUGGAAGACGUCCCUCUGAAUAGGAGCUUCUUGGUCUGUUGGGUGGUCAGCAACUACAGGAGCAACCACAAGAGAAGCAAAGUGUACAAAGAGCUCAAUGCCAUAAUUCCUGUGAAGGUUUACGGCAGUUGGGCAAAGACGUCCCUCUCCUCUGAAGCCCUCUUACCCACAAUCUCUCGCUGCAACUUCUAUUUGGCUUUUGAGAACUCAAUCGCCAAAGAUUACAUCACAGAGAAGCUGUGGAAAAAUGCUUACCAAGGCGGGGCGGUGCCUGUCGUCCUCGGACCGCCAUUAAGCGACUACAAAUCUGUGGCUCCACCUAAUUCUUUUAUCCAUGUUGAUGAGUUUGCAUCAGUUAAAGACUUAGGACAGUAUCUACAACAGCUUGUAGAGGACAAGAAACGCUACAGUGAGUAUUUCACCUGGAAACAUCAGUGGAGAGUGAAACUACACAGCGACUGGAGGGAGAGGCUGUGUAAAAUCUGCUCACAGUACAACAGUUUACCUCGGGAGAAGGUUUACUCCAAUUUAGAGACCUGGGUCUACGCUAAUAACAAUUGA